CAGGUUAAUCGUGGUGAUUAAUGUGAUGUUAUCCAGUGUGAAGUGGACAGAAGGAGAUAUCCAGCCAUACAGAAGCACUGAAGCAGGAUAGACUGUCUUGACUGGACAGUUACUCUUACUGGAGUUUUGUUUGCUCUUCUGGGUGUGGUACUGGAUGCUACUUCUUCCUCAUAUGGAUGACUGAGAGUGGGACCAGAAAUCCAGUCAUGUGGCAGAAAAUAAGUGGGUGGAGCACUCACUGCCUGUAUUCGUAGCUCAGGAUUUAAUGUUUUGGCGUCUGCACUUUUGUUGCAAAUUGUGGAUUAAGAGCAAGUAGACAUUACAAAAUCCAACAUGGAAAAAAACGAAGAGGCUAAAAAGAAAGUAAAGGCGGGAUAAAUGGAGCAAGCUGCAUUAUGGCACUAUUUGGAAUGUCGUUGCGGAAUGUUUUCUUCCAUUUCUUCAGCUCUCCUGUAAUGAGAGUCUGAGAACAGCAUCUUUGGUCUUUAAUGCACAUUUUCCUGGCAUCCAUGAUUCUGGAAACUUCAUGUAAGGACAACAUAUUACCAAAAAAAAGACAUUAGACUUAAACCAACCUCAAAUUAUUUUAGUAAAAUGGAACAGUUUUUCAAUCCAGUAGAAGACAAUAAAUGGAACUUACUCAUAAUUUGUCAAUGGUUGUUCAGCACAAGGGCUGGAAAUUCAGGUUUGGGUGAAUGGACUUGGGAAGGCUAGUGGAACGAACCUUGAUUUUUUGUUACUGCAAACAUAGACACAUCAGUUUUAACUAUAGUUUGAAUUUUGACUUUGUUUCUGGUUUUAUAUAUGCUUGUCUGAAUACUGACUAAAUUUGAUCUUAAAGAGACUGUAAACAUACUGGAAGGAAAUGGAGAGUAAGCCCAUCAAUACGUUUUUUGACAAAUUAACAAACUUUUUUACUCACCAUGAAAAACAUGAACUCCAAACACUGACUGAGGAGAGUCCAGAUGUGACUUCUUUUUGCUCUUUGACUGAGGAAGGAGUUAAUGGUCAACAAAAAGGUGUUCAAAGGCAGGAUGGUUUCGAUGAUCAAGGGGAGGAUUUUGCUAUAAUUGUUAAGAUUUUACAUACAAAUGCUGAGGAAGACAGGACAAAGGACCAUAUCAACAGAUCAGAGCAUCAGAAUGUUAAUGAAAUAGAUUUUUCUUCAGAAAAGGAGGAAGUGGACUUGGACCUCAAUGUUAUGCACCAGAGAGAUCAUUACAAUAAAACAUCAGUAGUGCGCCAGACUGACCAGGAUGUAACAGAUGGUCAAGCUGACACACCGUCUAAAUCACUUAGCGACGUCUCAGUCAGUGGCAGUGCUAACAGACUGGAUAAACAACUUGAGGAUUCAGCAAUUGGUUCAGUGGAUAAUACAGACCCUGUUUUCAGAGAAAAAUCUUUAGACAAUGAUCAAGAGUUUGUUUCAAAAAGCAAUGAUAAGAAUAUGAGGAAACACAGACUCAGUCAUGACACAUCUGCAAAUGAGACGGUUGUUAUGGAAUUAGAUAUCUCCAGCAAUGUGGAGCUGUUUGCUGAGGAAGAACCAUUGAAGGACAGAGUCUGUCAGGACGUCCCUACAGACACUCAAAGCAGAAAUAAUCUGACUGAAUUUUUAAUAACAAAUUCUUUGAAUUCAUCCACAAAUAACAAUAAUGACAUUUCAAUGCAAUGUCACCAGGAAGUAUCUGCUUCUGAGAGCAAAAUAGAGUCUGAUAGAAAUCUUCAAAACACUGCAGAUGUUCCAGAGGUAGCCAAAGCUGGUGUAAAUGAACAAACUCUGACUAACCACAGGGCAUCUACAAACAUGGACAUUCAGGCCACAUUAGCACAUUGUGAAGUUCAUAGUCUCACUGAUAAAAAGGUUCUUUCCUCAAACUCACCUUUGAAUGCCAAAACUGUGGUCAUCACCCUUACACGUGUUGAAGCUCUUUCUGCAGGAUCGUGUAAUGAUACUGAAAAGGUCCAUCUGAGAGAUGAGACUGCAGGUAGUCAAGCUAUAUUCAAUGGAAGCAGCACAAGUUCAGACAGCAAUUUUGUGGAGAUCCAUCCACCUACCUCAAGUCAGGAGAACCAAAUAAGACAUUUUGAGACUGGAGGUGAGAUUUUAGAAUGUUCCGACCUCUGUGACACUGAAGAACACAAUUCCAGUUCAUCUGAGCUAGAUAAUAAGACUAAUUCAGAACCAGAACAGGUUCCUUCAGUCAUUCAGGUGGAGACGAAAGUGCAUACCGAGGCAGAAAUGAAGAGAAAUGAGGACGAAAUAAUACAAGAAGACACUGUGUUAGAUACAGAUUCAUCUUCCACUGAGAAGACCACAGAAGACCAAACCAUACUCUCCCCCGCUACAGUAAAAGAGAAACCGCUCCAACUGUCGUCCCUCUUCACUGGGCUGCUCAGCCCCAAAAAAGAAGCACUUGAGGAAAAAGAAACUACAGAGCAGCCCCAAAGCCCUGCCAAACGAGGACUUUUUACUGAUCAGUCUAACAAGAAAGAAGUCAAGGGAGACUUCCUGGAACAGCUUACCCAAUUCCUCAGCAAGGGGGAAGGGAAGAAAAAGCAAGAGAGCAUGUCAAGCCCCCCACUGUCUCCAAUCGGUCAGGAACCUGCGGAAAAGCCAGAAACAACUGUAGAGGAGCUGGUCGUUUCCCAUUCUGAAGAAACAAACAAAUCUGCAAAUGCAGAGACAGCCUUAGGUGCAUUGAAGGCUUUCUUCACAGUUAAAACUGCCAAGAAGGAGACUUCAAAUCGCAUGGACCUGGACACUGUAAAGAAGAAGAUCAACAAGGACAAAGAUGUCCUCAGAGCUUUCUUUGACAGGAACUCAAGCAAGUCUCCAGACAACAAAGAAACUACGGAUUCUAAAACUGAAGUGAGUGAGGAGCACACCCCAAAGCGACUUCAGACUGUCUGGCCUCCACCAAAACCGAAAAAUGAGGAGGAGAAGAUUGGUCUAAAAUACACGGAAGCUGAGCAUCAGGCUGCUCUUCUGCAGCUAAAAAGAGAAUGUAAUGAAGAGGUGGAGAAGUUACAGGCCGACUUCAAACUUGAGCUCUUCCGGUUACAAAAGAAGAAUGAAGAGGAUCUGUCCAGACUAGCGGCAACCAUUGCAAGCUUACAAAGAGAGAAAGACAAAGAUCUUCACAGAGAUCACAGAGAUGUUGCCGUAUCCACUGAAGACAACAUCAAAACACGGACCUUCCACUCUGUGUGCAUUCAGACAGACAGAGAGACAUUCAUCAGGUCUGAGGAGGCCAAGGAAGCGCAGAGCAGGACUCUUGACCCCCUGCCUAAAAAUGCUGACGUCAACUCAACAAAAAACUUUACUGGCAGACAAAAGACAGUUCCUCCUCCAGCUGCCCCACCUGUAUCACCUCAGUUACAGAUGGAUAGAAACAAGAUUCCACCUCCUCCUCCUCCUCCUCCUCCUCCUCCUCCUGGCCCUUGUACUCCUAAUGUACCUCCACUUCCUGCUCCGCCACUGGAUAAUCCAGGAAGUGUGCCUCCUCCACCUCCUCCGCCACCUCCACCCAUGACAGGAUGUGGUCUUCCACCGCCACCACCCGUCCUCCACUCUACCUCUAAUCUCCCUUUUGGAGUUGGUAUCUUCCCCAGUACAGCAGCAGACAAUCCUCCUCGCAAACCUUCAGUGGAGCCAGUCUGUCCAAUGAAACCGCUCUACUGGACACGAAUACAGAUUCAAGAUAACAGGAAUGAUAUGCUAUGGAGUUCCCUGGAAGAGCCACAGAUAAUAAACACCAAUGAGUUUGCGGAACUGUUUGCUAAAGCCACAUCGCCCACCAAAAGAAAGCCCCUAUCCGAAGCCUAUGAGAAGAAAACCAAAGCCAGGAAGGUCAUUAAAUUACUGGAUGGCAAGCGCUCUCAGGCUGUGGGCAUCUUAAUCUCAAGUCUCCACCUGGAAAUGAAGGACAUCCAGCAAGCUGUUUUGAAUCUCGACAAUUCUGUGGUUGACUUGGAUGCUAUUGAAGCCAUGUAUGAAAAUAGAGCUCAGCCUGAGGAGUUAGAGAAGAUUAAGAAACACUAUGAAACCUCAGACGAGGAGCAGGUCAAACUACUGGACAAGCCUGAACAGUUCCUGUAUGAACUCUCCCAGAUCCCUGAGUUCUCCAGUCGAGUUCACUGUUUAAUUUUUCAGUCGAAGUUUACUGACGCCGUUGCCUCCAUACAACGCAAGACAGAGAUUAUUCUCCACGUCUGCAAGUAUCUGUUGGAGAAAGAUAGUGUGAAGGAGGUGAUGGGACUGGUGCUUGCUCUGGGAAACUACAUGAAUGGAGGGAGCAGAGCUCGAGGACAGGCCGACGGCUUUGGGCUUGAGAUUCUUCCCAAGCUUAAAGAUGUCAAGAGCAGGGUAAAUCAAAUGAGUCUGUUGGACUACAUUGUUUCCUAUUAUCUGCGUCACUUUGAUGAGAAUGCUGGGACAGAAAAGAGCAUCUUUCCUUUGCCUGAACCUCAAGAUGUUUUCCUUUCCUCUCAAGUGAAGUUUGAUGACCUUUCAAAGGAUCUCAGGAAGAUGAACAGAGACUUGACGGUUUGUGAAAAGGAUGUUCUAACCGUGUGUACCAACUCUUCUCAAGAGCACAUACAUCCCUUCAAGGAGAAAAUGGACUUUUUCAUUGCCAACGCACAAAAAGAGCUAAUUGCUGUGGAACACCAAGUGAUAUCGGCACAUAAAAGCUUCUCUUACCUAGUGGAGUACUUUGGGCUGAAGCCACGUUCCGGGGAGCAAGAGACUGUGCCAGGCUAUGUUUUCACACUUUGGUUUGAAUUUUGCAAUGACUUCAAGAUCAGAUGGAAGAGAGAGAACAAGGUCAUAUCCAAACAGAGAAUCAAAGAGGCCCAACAGUCUGUGCGCAACAUGACAGCAGAGAAAAAGAUUGAGACCAGAAGGGCCAAUGCAAAUGGACUGAAAGAGAGACUGCGUCUGAAAGAAGCAAGUCUGACCACCAGCUAACCAUAUCUGCCAUUUCCAAAGAGAAUCAUAUAUAUAUAUAUAUAUAUAUAUAUAUUCAAGACCCAGGCACUUGCAUUGUUGGUAGGGUCAAAAUGAAGCGCACCUGCUUGUGUGACACUUUUUCUCCAGACUGCAUGUGUUACUGUACAGGAUGACAGCCUGUCUGUCAUAUUACUGGAUCCUGUGUGUAGCCCAACAACCAAUCACUCACUUGCACAUUUAUGAUCCAAAGAUCCCUUUGAUUAUGAUUAAGAUAUGAAUGAAUGCUGUUCAAAGUGAGAAACAUUUAAGAAAUGUUUAUAUUACAAGUUAACUCCAUCUGCUAUUACAGUUAAGCAUUCAAACAUGUUGAAAACAGCAAUAUCCGACUUGGAAAAAGCAGUAACUUUAUUUUGUAUAUUGAGUAACAAAAUUGCGUAACUUUUUAUUGUCAUAUUAAAUCAUUACAUAAUAUUACAAAAGAUAAUGUACAUGUAAAAUAAUAUCCUUAUCAGUUUUAUUUUGAACAACAUCACCCAUUUGUAUUGAUGACAGCCAUCUUGCUUCAUCACAUCUCAUUGCCGUUUAAUCCCAGUAAUAGUGUUCCUUUUGCAAUAAACACAUCAUUGUUAUGAAAACAAUUAUUUCCAUCCA